UUUAAAUUAGUAAAUACAAUUUCAAAUAAACAUCUUUUAAAAAUAUUUACGAUAUUAUUAUAUAUUUAUUAAUUUAUUAUUUAUACUAUGCUUAAUAAUUUUUUGGUCUAAUUAAUAUUUAAGCAUUUAAGACAUUAAAUAAUGUAAAUUUUUCAAAAAAAAUUGAUAAAUAUAUGAAUUGUAUACAAUUAUGUCCAAGGAACCUGGUACUAGCAAGGAAAAACGGAAGAAUUUACGUAAGGACGACGGUUCUAAAAUACUGAAAGUUCUUACGUUAUAUGAAUACCUCAUCAAACUUCCAGAAGCCGUUCAAGAUCGGCUAUACAGUCAUCCGCCGACUUGUCUUACAGUGUUUAGAGUAUUACCUGACAUAGCUCAACAGUUUACUUUACGUAUUUUAUUCAUCGAACAGCCAGUUCCACAAUCAGUUCUUUCAUCGUGGGUGCCGGCCAAUUAUUCCCGUGAACUUGACGAAUCUAUAGAAGUAGCCACCAAUUUACAUAUAUGGAAAUUAACUAGUGUAUCUGGUGGCCUCAAAGGAUGGAUUCUAAAUUCUACAUUCAAGAAGAAACUGAAAGUGGCACUUAUGGGUGGUGGCCGUUCUAUGGUAGCUAACAGUGAUGUGAUAGCUGAUCCAAAAGCAAGAGAUAUAGACUUUUUAGAUUCAUAUGCAUAUGAACGAUGGGAAUGCAUAUUGCAUUAUAUGGUUGGUUCUAAACAUGAAGGUAUAUCAUCAGAUGCAGUCAGAGUGUUAUUAAAUGCAGGUCUUAUGGUCAGAGAUACAGAUGAUAGUCCAGUAAUUACAUCGACAGGAUUUCAGUUUUUACUGCUGGAUAUGGCAACUCAAGUAUGGUACUUUAUGCUCCGCUAUAUGGAGACAGUAGAAUCAAGGGGUCUUGAUCUUGCUCAAUGUCUGACAUUCCUCUUUCAAAUACAUCUUGGUACUUUAGGAUGGGAUUAUAUAACUGACGAAAUGUCUGAAAACCUUCAAGCAUUUUUACAACAUCUUCGAGAAUUUGGAUUAGUUUACCAAAGGAAACGUAAAGCUGGACGCUUUUACCCUACUCGAUUAGUAAUUGAAAUGGGACAAGGAAAUAGUCGUACUUCAGAACGAAUGAAAAGUAAAGAACGUUAUAUAGUUGUUGAAACUAAUUUUCGGAUUUAUGCUAUGACUGAUUCUGAUCUAAAAGUUGCUUUAGUUGCAUUAUUUACUCAUAUGCUUUACAGAUUUCCAAACAUGGCUGCUGGUAUAUUAACAAGAGAUUCAGUUCGAACGGCAUUACGUAGUGGCAUUACUGCUGCGCAAAUAGUAAGAUUUCUUACUGUACAUACACAUCCACAAAUGCAAGAAUGUGGAAUGCCACAAACUGUUAUUGAUCAAAUUUAUUUGUGGGAAAAUGAAAGAAAUCGACUUACAUACACAGAUGGUGUUUUAUAUAGCAAUAUAAAUACACCUAAUGAUUAUGAAACAAUAAAAAAUUAUGCUGCUGAAAUUGGGGCAUUGGUAUGGUGUGAUGAAAGAAGAAGGAAUAUUGUUGUAAGUACUGAUGGACACGAUGACGUAAGAAAGUUUUGGAAAAAACAACCAAAAUCUGAUCCAUUUUAAGUAUAUCAAGUCUGUACACAAUGUUCACUAUUUAUAUGAUUUGAAUAUUUGUGUUACUAAUUUAAUAGCACAAAUAAUUCAACAGCCAAAGUUUGAGUAAUUGUAUGUACUACAGAUAAUAAUUGUGUACUUAUAAUUCAUAAUUCAAUUUUCAUACUAAAAAUAUAUUUUUAUUUAUUCUAUUUAUGUAUUAUCUUUUAAAUAAAAUUAAAAAAAGUUGUA